AUGGCACGCAUUUCCCACAGCCGCAGGCUUCCCAGUCAAUCUUCAUCGCCAGAGCCUUCAUCUGAUAAAGAAAACCGCCAAAAUUCUGCACGUGUUGAAAAAAGAAGCCAGGCUCAGACCAUGGCCUCCGGCGCCAAUGCAAAGCGCCAGCGAUUAUCAAAUAGAGCGUCCAAUAUUCAGAGCGGCAGUCAGUCGCAGAUAGCCCUAUCGCAACAGGAGCGCGUCAAACAAUUCUACGACCCAGAUCAGGAUGAAAAAGAACGUAGGCGAGUCAGGAAAGGACUCAGGGACUUGACGCGGGAACUACAUGAUUCUAGGAGCGAGUAUAUGCAACCUGGCAAUCAUGGCAUUCGGGACACCAUCCAGAAAGCCAACGAAUACUUUCAAGAAGUUAAGCAGACCUCGGAUGCUACGAUCGACUCACGUCUCUUGGUCAGCGCCGCCGACCUCUCAUACAAAAAGACCGCACAUUUAGUCCUGGGGGAUGCAUCUGCAGGUAUAGAUGUGGACGAAUUUGUCUCUAAAUGCAUAUCCUUUAUGCGCGGGGCUCCCGAAGAUUCGCAAGCUAUGAUGUCGAGUACACAGCGUCGUCGUGGCCAAGCUUCAGGCCGAAGCCAAGCGGAUCCCAAUGAUAGCGAUGAGGAUCAAGGAGAUGCAAUGAACUGGGACUGGCUUGGGCGGUCUGCUUGCUUCCGCCAUAAUGCACGGCCGUCCAUCUCCGGGUUCUUGCUAGGGCCGUUGUCGGUACAAAAGCGUACCCGGCAACUCACUCAGCGAAGAGCUAGAGAGCGUAUCGAUCCGUCACAAGCAGUGCGACCACAGGAACUUCGGGAAGAAGACCUUGAUCGACAAGAAGCGUCUAACCUUACCACCAUGUGUACCAGCAUCAACAAAUUGCUUGCAAAAACGCAGAAUGCUGGCCAGGACAUGGUAGAGAGCCUAUUAUCGCAACUGGAAGAAGAGCCCACAGACGACAUGGUGCAAGAAGUGAUGGCUCAACACCAUGUUGCAGAUGAUGGCGGGGUUCCCCUGUUUCACUUCUGCAUCAAUCCGAGGUCGUUCGGACAAAGCGUGGAAAAUCUGUUUUACGUCAGCUUCUUGGUCAGGGAUGGCACUGUUGGUAUUCAGGUAGACAGUCGGCAGUUGCCAACUCUACAUGCUGCAAAACCGUAUGCCCCAAACGAAGCCCAGAGAAAAGGGGUUCAGAAACACCAGGCUAUAUUCAGCCUUGACUUUGAAACCUGGCGGGACCUAAUCGAGGUGUACGAUAUCAAGGAAUCCAUCAUUCCUCACCGUGAAGAAGAGCAGCAUGAGAACACUGGGCGCGGCUGGUAUGGCUAG